ACUGUGUAGGAGUGGACUUUCAACAGGCACAACAUGAGCUUCUCCAGUCGGGAAGCACGCUGAUAGGAACAUUAGCACAGUGUGUGUUACACUUGACAACAGUUCCGUGCUGCCGGGUGACGUCACGGUAACCUAUAGGAGCUGCGAACAGACACUCUCACAAUCAAAGAAAAACGACUUGCACACGUACAAGAACUGAGAAGUGAGUCCUGAGAGGCAGAAUUUGAGCAGCAAGAAUGGAGAAGUGAGGAUUAAUAACUGAAGACUGAGGCGUGAGGUCAAUUCUCCAGAACACCGAGAACUCAUUGGAAUCGAGAACUAUCACUACAGCAGUGUCCAACUGAAUUGCAUAAGGAAGCCAUGCAUACAAGGAAUAUUAUUCAAGGGCCUUCUGAAUUCCAGCCAGUGCCACAGUGUUCUCUUGGCCAACACCUUUAUGAACGGUUACAGCUCCAUGGUGGUAAUGUUGCUCAGGUGAAUGCUGUGACUGGAGAAACGAGAACUUUUUCAGAGAUUUUGAAAAGAAGCUUGAGCCUGGCAGACAGUCUACGAACAAUAGGCAUUAAGUCUGGAGAUGCACUUACCAUAUUAAGUGAAAACUCUCUUGAUUUUUGCUUACCAGUUCUGGCAGCUCUAUACAUGGGUGUUGCAUGUGCACCCCUAAAUCCCACAUAUACUGAAAGAGAAAUGAUGCAUGCACUGAAUAUAUCAAAACCAAAAAUUGUAUUUUGCUCAGAAGCAACAGUUCAGGCACUGGAAAAUGUUGCAAAAGAACUAAGUUUUAUAAAGCACAUAGUAGUUUUUGGAAAUAUUGUAUGUCACAGAUACAUUCCAUUCUCCACUCUUGUCAGAGACACAUCUCUGUGUUUUAAGCCUGUUAAGGUAAACCCAAGAGAACAAGUGGCUUGUAUACUUUGCUCAAGUGGAACCACUGGACUACCUAAGGGAGUUAUGCUUACCCAUUCCAACAUCUUGCAUUCAGUCAAUCAUUUAAGAGAUCCAAGAUAUGGUAAUUUGACGUCAGAAAUUACACACCUUGGAUUGUUGCCAUUUUUCCAUGCAUAUGCCUUCAUCUAUCAGAUAGGAAAUUUUUGUGCUGGUUCAAAAUGUGUAGUGAUGCCAAAAUUUGAUGAGGUACUUUUUCUGAAGGCGAUACAGGACCACAAGGUGACAAGACUUACACUCGUACCCCCAUUGCUUGUGUUCCUUGCUAAACAUCCAAUGGUUAGCCAAUAUGAUCUGUCCUCUUUGACUGACAUAAAAUGUGGAGCUGCUCCUAUAAGCAGAGAAAUCCAGGAACAAGUAACAAAACGACUUGGAAUAAAUAAUAUCAGGCAGGGCUAUGGCAUGACAGAGACAACUCUGGCUUCACUGAUGACACCAAGUGGAGAAAAUAAAUAUGGAUCAUCUGGCAUAGUUGUACCUUCAACUGAAGUGAAGGUUAUUGAUGUGGAAACGGGAGUCGCUCUUGGACCAUACCAGAAAGGAGAGCUUUGUUUCAAGGGUCCAAUAAUUAUGAAAGGAUACUGUGGUGAUAAUGCUGCCACAGGAGAAACAAUUGAUAGUGAAGGAUGGCUUCAUACUGGUGACAUAGGUUAUUUUGACAGUGAUAAUUAUUUUUUUAUUGUUGACAGAGUUAAGGAGCUAAUAAAGUACAAAGGCUUUCAGGUACCACCAGCAGAGCUGGAGGCUGUACUACUAUCACAUCCAAAAAUAAAAGAUGCUGCAGUUACAUCAGUACCAGAUGUAGAGGCUGGUGAACUUCCUAUGGCAUAUGUUGUCAAACAGCAGGGUGUAUCAUUAACAGAAGAGGAGGUUAUAUCAUUUGUAGCUGGUUUGGUUUCACCUCAGAAACGUUUACGUGGUGGUGUAAGAUUUGUUAACGCUAUCCCAAAAACUGCAAGUGGAAAAAUUUUGAGACGUCUUUUGAAGGACAUAACAGUUUCUAAACUAUGAUUCAUUAUAUGCCAUGAUCAUACCAAUUUUUCAAGGGAUGCACAAGCUGUCAAAGGUUGGCACCACCCAACAUAGUUCAUCAUUGUCAGGGUCAAUGACAUUUAGCUAGGAAAUCAUAAUACUUUGAUUAACCAGAGCAAUCAACAGUGUAUUUACCAGUCAUAAAUACUUAUCAUAUGCACUUGUGAAAAAAAGGAUAUAUAAUCUUACUUUAAAGACAACUAGUUUACCUUUUUGCUCCAGUUUGAAAUAUUCACAAUAAACAGUUAUUUUAUAUAUUUUAUUUUCAGUUCUUUAUCACACAUGUUAAAAUGAAGCAUUUUUCAUAACAAUGAAUUGUUUUUCAAACUUUUAAACAGAGAGCUUUUGUUAUCUUUGCAUAACGUCAUUAUAUAAACACUACAAAAAACCAGAUCUCAUAAAUAGUACAUACUUAUUUAAUAUUUUAGAAGAAAAAAAAACAUUUGUAGACCAGUCAAUAAGCCAAAUAGCAUUCAUUGUCUAUUACACAGUGAAACUGGAACAUUCUAUUUUUGGCAAAGUAACAAGAGAUGUAUGACAACAGUGAUACAGUCAAAAUAUUGAAAAAGGAUGAAAGUACAUACUCAUUGACUGAAUAUUUUAUGAAACAGAAAAUUCAUUCAGGAAAUAAUCAUACACAUUAUUUACCAAAAAUUAACUCAUUAACUUUACAAAAUAUUAAGGUGUAUUUGUAGAAAAUAGCACAAACAUAUAGCUUACAAACUUAUUAUGUGCAAAUGAAACACCUGAACAGAGUUCAAAAUAAAAGUAAUAAAACAGAGCCUCUUUUAUAUGUCUUAUAGGAUGCCUGAACAUGAUAGGCAAAGAACAGAAGGUCAGAAUCCUUCAUGGAGUUGACAUAAUGAGGAAGAAAGAGACCAAAACAUAAAUUCAACAGUAAGACACUGUGGCAGAUAAAGAACUAAUAACUGCAACAGCAGAUAUCAAAUUACCAGCAGCAACUGCAUAAUGAACAAAUGCAUCAGGAACAAUUUCUUGAAAAAGCCAUAUUCCAGCAAGCAAUGUGUGGUAACAGUAAAAUUUCCAGAGCAAGUAAUUAGCACAGCAAUAUUGGCCCAGAGGAUUACUUGCAAGGACAAGGGUAGACUGCAACAAAAACUUGGAAGAUUGUUGACUUAAUAAAUACAGCACUUGUAGUUGAAGCUAAGGCAAAAAGAACUAUUGCCAGUGCCAUUAACUGUGUGGACAAUAAAAUUCUGCAUCGGAUAUUGAAAUAUGAAGUAAUUAAUGGCACCCAUUUUGUGUGUCGAGUCUCAGGGAACAUUUACAAUAUGGCCUUGCUACUGGCUCAUCACAAUUUCCAUGAAUCUUGCUACUUGCCAGGAGCAUUUACACAGUACUAGCUUAAUACAUUACUUGUAAUGGUGUGAAGUGAAAAGCAUGUUCUCUGUAUCAUCUGACAUCAGUGACAGUGGUUUAUUUGGUACAAAAAAGUGAUUUUUGGGAAGAAAUGGUGUUUUCAUGCACUCUUUGAAUGUAGAUACUUUCGCCAGUUCUAAAAAUAGACAACAGUUAUCCAGAGCACAUUUUCUGACAUUUACUAACAUUGCAUCAAAUUUUUCAGUUUAUUGCAAAUAUUUCUGAACCAGAAAUAGUUGUACAAAUGAGGAUUUGGCCCAUCAUUGUUAAUGAAAUACCUUUGCAGAUUUUCAUCCUCUUAUUUCCAAUAUAAAUAUAAGUUAUGUGAUGCAAACAAAUUGAUUUACAGAAACUGUUAUGUCUGAUAUUAUCCAGUACGAAACUGUAAUGAUAAUAUGUAGGCCUCUGGUCCCAGGCAGUUUUACACCUAAUUCUGGAUAAAAUAAAUGCUUGUUUGAAAAUG